AUGGCGACUCUGAAGAAUGCUGGCUGGGAUGCGGCGUUCAAUGGGAAGGGAGAUUUCAAUUUUUGCGUACCGCUCAACACGCUAUUGGGAUUCUGUGAAGAUUACAAACGCGUGGUAAUUAACGCUCGUCACAAAUUAAUUUUAAUACGAUCGCGCAACGACACCAAUUGUCUGUUUGGAGCUGUAACACUGGAGCCACAGCUUGAAAUAUUCAAGAUACAGUGGCGAAUGCCGCAUGUGUUGUUAAACAAGGUGAACAAGCUAUCGAUGCUGCUUACUUUGGAAAGUGGACGAUACCUCAAUAUGUGUUUUCGUUCAUGGGAUGUCUAUGAGUUUCCGCUAUUGCAGCAGACGACUAAACAUUCGUGGGCUAUUAAAACAGCUACUCAGCUCGAGAAGCCGCGAUAUGUUAUCUUCGUUCUGCAAACAGGUCGGAAGAAUAUAAUGUCUGAGAAUGUGUGUAAAGUCAGUCAUUGUAAAUUGAGCAAUGUAAAACUCUAUCUGAACUCGGACUGUUAUCCAUACGAUGAUAUGAAUCUGGAUUUCGAUAAAAACAAAUGGUCGAAUCUGUAUGAUGCGUUUUUACGAUUCCGGAAAAGCUAUUACGGAUGA